AUGGAGGGCUCACAUGCCUCGACUGUGCACCAUGCCCACGGUUAUCGCGUGAUCCGAGCCAAAUACACUCCCACCACCAUCACCGUAUACCAGGCGUACUCGCCCGAAAUCGCGGAUGCAGCUAUCCGCGCGCAAAGAUUUGUGUCGCCCUUCCGUCGACAGCGGAUGACUUGGAUCAAACCUUCCUUCCUGUGGAUGGCCUACCGGUGCGGCUGGGCGUCGAAGCCCAACCAGGAGCGCGUGUUGGCCGUUGAGAUCACCCGCGAAGGGUUUGAAUGGGCCCUGCGACACUCCUGUCUCAGUCAUGCGGCAGCAACAAAGCAGGAAGAAUGGCAGCAGAAGCUCCAGUCUAGGCCGGUUCGGGUGCAAUGGGACCCUGAGCGAGACCUAUCGUUUCGCCCGCUGGGGUAUCGGGCGAUUCAGGUGGGAUUGGGUCGUGAGUCGGUGGAUCGAUAUAUCGAUGAUUGGAUUGUUUCCAUCACGGACGUGACCCAGACGAUGAAGCAGGUCGCACAAUACGUGGCGGAUGGGAUGGUUGAAGAAGCCAAAGCCUGUCUUCCAGAGGAGCGUGUAUAUCCUCUCUCGGAUGAAUUGCGGGAGAUAUUGGAUGCGACGUAA